CUCCCCCCUGAAACGUCACGGGAGAUUUCGAUAUUUAAAGAUUGCAACAAGUGAGGACGAAAGUUUUGUCCAAGAAGCGCUGUGAGGGGCAGUCCCGUGUGAAGGUCUUUUCUUCAGCCGGAUUUCAGGAUACUUGCUUUUUGUCACCAUGCCUCAGACGGUAACUCUGAGCGGCCCAUCACCGUGGGGUUUUCGCCUUGUGGGUGGACGGGAUUUCAGCACGCCGUUGACCAUUUCGAGGAUAACGGCGGGCAGCAAGGCUGCGCUGGGGGACCUGUGUCCAGGGGACACCAUCCUGGCCAUCAACGGGGAGAGCACGGACGCCCUCACACACAUGGAGGCCCAGAACAGGAUCAAGGCCUGCACCGGCCAGCUGGUGCUGGACAUCAGCAGAUCUGAGAACAAGGCCUGGAGUCCAGCUGUGCUAGAGGAUGGCAAGACCAGCCCGUUCUCCGUCUGCUCCGAGCCCGACUUACAGGGCUUUCGCCCCAUCAGCAGCGGUCCAGUCCAGCGCCCCUCUCCGCAGCAGCACGUGGGCCUCAACAAUGGAAACGCCAAGGCCAGCAGUGCCCACUACAAUAACCCAGCCGGCCUGUACGGCAGCAACGCCGCCAACACGGCCCCCUCCGCCCCCCCGGCCCACUCCGGCCCCCCGGCCCACUCCGGCUACGCCAACGGUGACCGAGGAAUGAGCAAGCACAUGGCCAGCCUCAGCCUGGUGUCCCCAGUGUCCCCUCACAGUCCAGAGCCCAGGGUCCACUCUCCCAGCAGUGGGAACGGCGUGGACACGCAGUCGGACGUCUACAAGAUGCUGCAGGACCCCGAGGAGCCGGCGUCCGCUCCUAAGCAGUCCGGAUCGUUCCGCUACCUGCAGGGAAUACUGGAGGCCGAGGACGGAGGAGGUAUCUCUCCCACAGAGAGAGGUCCGCGGGGCCUGCGCUCCCCCGUGCGCUCCCCCGUGCCCAAGCUGGGCCCCGUGUCUCCAGGACCGGCAGCCCUCCAGAAGCUCCCGCAGUGCACGCGCUGUGGCAACGGCAUCGUGGGCACGAUAGUGAAGGCGCGGGACAAGCUGUACCACCCCGAGUGCUUCAUGUGCGAUGACUGCGGGCUGAACCUCAAGCAGAGGGGCUACUUCUUCAUCGAGGACAACCUGUACUGCGAGACCCACGCCAAGGCACGCGUGCAGCCGCCCGAGGGCUACGACGUCGUGGCCGUCUACCCAAACUCCAAAGUGGAGCUGGUCUAACGCCCACACACACACACACACACACACACACACACACACACACACACACACACACUCACACACACACCCGUCUAUCCAAACUCCAAGGUGGAGCUGGUCUAACGCCCACACCAAGCACUCACUGACCACACACACACACACACACACACACACACACACACACACACACACACACACACACAAACACACACACACACACACACACACACACACACACACACACAUCAGCAAUAACCUAUUAUCUAUGCACUGUAUGCUCCCAGCCUUCUACACAGCAUGACCAAGUGGAACCAACGGAGACAGAGAGGACAAGAUGGAGUGUGUGAGAAAGGAAAUGAUGGAGUGUGUUUGCCAGGUUCAUGAUUACCCUCUAAGGCUUCUCAAGCUCACGGCUAUAAUGUUCAUUUCAGUGCUUUUAUGCUUUUUACACAGCAGUAGGACUCUCUGGACUCUCUCUCUCUCUCUCUCUGUUCCUCACUCCUGCUGAUUUCAAUAUUGGACGUCAGGAUUCAAUAUACUCAACUCUCAACUGGGUGUUAGCGGCUGGAAUGGGGAAUGAGUGGUUGCCAUGAGUAACAGUGCUAGCACACCCGAUUACAGAGCUCUCUCGUUAGGACAGAUGCAACCUUUCAGUGCCAGAGUGAACCCUAGCAGCCCAGUAGGUGUAUGGUGGCCGCUGAGGUGACCCCAAUAGACCUCUGAAGUUUGCCUACAAAUAGGAUCCAAAGCUGCCAUCUUUGCCCAUAUAAGGAGUUCAUCUGCCUAUGGCAAGUUGCAUUGUAAGUUAGCUCUGGGGUAGCAAAGAUCAAAGUGUGCCGUCUUCACCUACCGAAAAUCACACUAUCCACUUGAAGGCAGAGGACAACACUUUGUAGCUCAGAACGUCUGCAUUUCCAAUUUCUUCGUCCCCAUGAGAGUUUAACAGAUGCGAACAUUCUAAAUCCCCAUGUUAUUUUCCCAUAGGAAAAAUCUCAAGAUACCGGAUCUCCUUAUUUGGGCAAAGAUGGUGGCUUUUUUGUAGGCGAACUUCAGAAGUCUAUAAGGGUAGGGUGGACACUAAGGUGACCCCAAUAGGUGUAUAUGGUGGACGAGGUGAGCAUGUCCUCGUGUGAAAGCAGGUACUUUUGCUUCUUUAUGCCCUACCUACUUUAUUGCUUAUUUUCAAACACAUUCCAUCACACGCUGUCUUCUGGGUAUGGAGCACAUCUUUCAGAGAGCAAUGGGAGCUCAAAGAGAGGAAGAGAGAGAGAGAGGGUACAGGGCCCUGGAAUAUGGUGAACACAAGCAUCUGUACCUAUGAGGCAUAUGGAACCAAUAUUCAUUCAUGUUUUGGGGUUUUGGCAGUUUGCAAAGACUGUCCAUAUGGUGAUGGCAUUUAGAUUAUUGAUUUGUUUUGUUUGAAUGACCAAAUCCACUUUCAGUUUUAUAGGUGAAUUAUUGUUAAAUUCUCUCAAAAACAUACCAUGUAUCUUUGCGGCCAAUAUACAAUUUUUCCCAACAACACCGUAAAGCUAACAAAUAAAUUGUUUGAUACAUUUUGAAGUGAUACUUUCAGGUGAAAUGAAUGCAUGUUUGCAGUGGUAAGCCGAGAUGAUGCCAGUGGAUUUGUAAAUGAUGUCAUGUUUUGUGUCCUGAGUUGUGUAUAUAUGAAUGUGUGUACCACUGUGAUUGUCCAGCAGCACCGUGCCUCGGGUCAUUCUGCUCUCUGUGCUCUCAUACUGUUGAAAUACUAACAGGUCGUCGAGGUAGAUGACUCCUUUACGAAUCUCUUAACUUAUUGUUGUGCCUACAUGUUCUUCAGUUUGGUUUUUUUGUAAUUUGAAUAAAGAGUGAAAACAUGAGUGUA